GUAACGUGACUACGCAAGCUGCGUAGACAUUCCUAUAUGUGCAGUGCAUAUAGCAACCAUGUGUGCACCAAAUGAUUCGAAAUGUAAACUCUUUUAUCACUCACAAAUAAUUUCAAAAUCUCUUAUCAUAUAGAUAGCACAUGUAUACUUAGUUGCACCAUAGAUUCCAAUAACAUACCAGUUGAUGCACUAUAUAUACACCCAUGCAUCAAGACUAAUAUAAACACAAAGUCAAACUCACAAAAUAAAAUGACAAAAUCAAAUAUUACAUUACCACUUUUCUUCACACUUCUCUUCGCACUCCUCACCUUCAUCGAUGUCUCGACCGGCGCCGCCAACGUAUUCAACGUCGUUAGCUUCGGGGCCAAACCGGACGGUGUGACGGAUUCAACGGGAGCAUUCCUCAAAGCAUGGCAGGCGGCUUGUGGCUCAGUAGCUGCAGCCACUGUGAUGGUUCCAAUUGGGACAUUUAUGGUGAAGGGAAUAACGUUUGGAGGGCCAUGCAAGAGCAGGCUCAAGUUUCAACUGGCUGGAACCGUCGUUGCUCCGCCAGAUUACAGGGCAUUUGGUAACUCCGGCUAUUGGAUUCUUUUCAAUAAGGUUAGCAAAAUCUCACUUAUCGGUGGGACUUUUGAUGCUAGAGCUAAUGGGUUCUGGGCUUGCCGAAAAUCUGGUCAGAGUUGUCCUCCCGGUGUUAGGUCAAUAACGUUUAACUCGGGUAAAGACGUGAUCAUAAGUGGAGUCAAAUCGAUGAACAGCCAAGUCACUCAUAUGACUCUCAACGGUUGCACCAAUGUGGCCGUCCGUAACGUGAAGCUAGUGGCUCCCGGGAAUAGUCCAAACACCGAUGGUUUCCACGUUCAAUUCUCCACCGGAGUCACAUUCACCGGAAGCACCGUUCAGACGGGAGAUGAUUGUGUUGCUAUUGGCGCUGGUACCCGGAACUUCCUCAUCUCCAAACUUGCUUGUGGCCCAGGUCAUGGUGUUAGCAUUGGGAGCUUGGCAAAGGAAUUGAACGAAGAUGGAGUAGAGAAUGUGACACUAUCGAGUUCGGUAUUCACCGGAACACAAAACGGCGUGAGGAUAAAGUCGUGGGCGAGGCCAAGUAACGGAUUCGUUAAGAACGUCUUCUUCCAGAACCUAAUCAUGAAGAACGUCCAAAACCCUAUUAUAAUCGACCAAAACUAUUGUCCUUCCCACAAAGGUUGCCCUACUGAGCAUUCGGGUGUGAAGAUAAGCCAAGUGACGUAUAAGAACAUACAAGGAACUUCCGCGACACAACAAGCGAUGAAGCUGGUAUGCAGCCAGAGCAAUCCAUGUACAGGAAUCACAUUACAAGACAUUAAGCUUACUUACAAAAAAGGAACUCCAGCUACGUCCUACUGUUUCAAUGCUCUUGGGACUAGUCUCGGUGUUAUUCAACCUACCAGUUGUCUAAACCGAUAAAAUCAAAUACUCUUGAAGUAGAUUGUAGUUCUAAUAAAGAUUUAUGUGAAAUAGCAUUCCGGGGUGAAGAUAAGCCAAGUGACGUAUAAUUAAGAACAUACAAGGAACAUCUGCCACAAAACAAGCGAUGAAGCUGGUGUGCAGCAAGAGCAAUCCAUGCACAGAUAUCACAUUACAAGACAUUAAGCUUACUUACAAGAAAGGAACUCCUGCUACUUCCUAUUGUUUCAAUGCUCUUGGGACUAGUCUCGGUGUUAUUCAACCUACUAGCUGUCUAAACCAAUAAAAUCAAAUAUUCUUGGUGUAAAUUUAUUUGGUGUAAGAUGAAAUGGUAAAA